GCGGACCAGCUGUGUGCGUGGGACACUGGCGCUGUGUGAAAUUGCAGCAUCAACUUUACAAGGUUCUAGAAGAACAAGAAGCCCAAUCCGUUCUGCCUUGCACAGCACCUCAGUAGGCUGUGCGUGGUGAUUCCCAACAUAAAGACGGCUCCGCGGACGAAUAACUCACUUGGCUGGAGCUAAAUGUUCCUAUGUAGUAAAUUGAAAUUUUAGCAACGGGUGCAAUUACCAUAUUUUAGCAUAUCCCCCUGGCUAAUACACGGGUAGGUGGUUUCCGGAGAAGACUCGGUACCGCAGAGAAGUGAAGUUCAGCAGCUCUGCAGGUGGCCCGCAGCACCGUCUCCCCCCGUGGCGUGGCAGGAUGGAGAGGGCGUGGCAGUGAGCCUCACUGGAGCAACCUGGAGGACACUGCUAAGACACACCGGCCAGCUCCUCUACCUGCCUCAGAGGGGAUAUUGUGUAUGUUCUGAGGUGGACUGAGGUGAUAUCAGAAGACAGAUAAAUUAUCUCCGUACUUGAGGACACCAGAACUGGUUUGAGAGGCCAGGUAGACCCUGUGUGCCAACGACAUGAGAGGCCUCAGGCCAGAAUGGACAAGGUUUUUCUCAGCACAGUGUAACCAAUAACAGCUGCCUCUGCUGGCGCUGCCGUUUCCUUUCUGAUGGCAUCAUCCCAUUGUCAAGCAAUAAAGCCCAAUAAUAUUGAAGAUAAUUAUGAGUCUAGACAGCCAGUCGACCCAGAUCUCAUAAAGGCUGAAUUAGACUACAUUCAGCCUAUUAUCCAUUGAAUGAAUUGGGUUGACCUCAGUGGCCUGGCUCAGGCAGACACAUCCCAGGUGUCGACCUGAGGCUGCCUUUCCAUUUUAUGGAGGCCUUGCAUAGCCACUUGACGACUGGGGAGCAGUCCGGAGGUCACAAACCCCCUCAGCCCGGUUCUCCUCAGCCCAGAUCUCCCUCCCCGAAAAAUCCGCCACAAUCACCUCAGUCUAAACAGCAGCCCCAUGACACGUCCCAGCAGCACAAGAAGCCUAAAAGGCAGCCUCCGGAGCGCAAACGUCUCAGGCACCAGAGGCAGAGCGUCGACUCGGAUACAGGAGUGGAGAGUAAACGUCCGGAGCCGGCUUCACAGAGAGCGGGCCGGGUAUCGUCGGGACCUCCGGGUCCCUCACCGUCGACUCCUAGCCGGUCCACACAGACCUGGCCCACGGAGGAUAGCAAGGAAGGCAUCCUUAAGCAGAAACGAGAGCGUAAGCCUCAAAGGCCAGGGAAAUAUGUGUGCUCCUAUUGCGGACGUGCCUGUGCUAAGCCCAGUGUCCUCCAAAAACACAUCCGCUCCCACACAGGAGAGAGGCCCUACCCCUGCGGUCCCUGCGGCUUCUCCUUCAAGACCAAGAGUAACCUUUACAAGCACCGAAAAUCUCACACCCACAGGGUGAAGGCUGGGCUCGCCACUGCUGAGCCGAGGGCCUUAGAAGAGCCGGCUACAGAGUCGGAGGAUGAGUCCAGACAGCUUUCGUCUGCUGCAAGUAUGGACAGACAAGGGAGUGUGUGUACGACCAAAAACAUUGACUCAGAGAGGUCUAAAGAGCCUCCUAGAGGCAUGGAUGACUCCUUUGCCGUCAAAAAACGGUUGGCCAUGCGUCUGAGCCGCGGAAAACGUGGACCUCUCGGCUCGUCCGAUGAGAAGAGCUCCUCGCUGAUCCUAGCGAGUAGGGGCAGCACAGAAUCGGGCUAUUUCUCCCGCUCCGAGAGUACUGAGCAAUCCCAAGAUAGCCCUCCCAACACAAGUGCCAAAAGCUAUGCAGAAAUCAUCCUGGGGAAGUAUGGGCGCCUGGGGCACCUUCAGAGGAUGUCUCGUCAUCACAACCAGCAGCCAUCAGGUCAAGAGGAGAACAACAUCCCGUUCACAGUGCCCAAGAAGCAGGUCAUAGACCACAUCACCAAGCUCAUCACCAUCAACGAGGCCGUGGUGGACACGAGUAAGAUCGACAGCGUGAAGCCUAGGAGGUUCUCUCUCUCCAGGAGAAGUAGCUCAGAAUCUCCGAAAGCGUCAUCUCUUAAGGAACCCACUCUGAACAGCCCUAAAGCUGCAGAGCCCGGCUUCCAAAGCAGUGGCUCCAUCACUAUGGGUGUUCCAUGUAAUAAGUUUCAUCACCAAUCUUUAAACGUGAACUCUUUGGCUGGCCAAACAUCCACCGCCCCUCUUCUGAGAAGUCAAUCCAUGCCGUCUGCUGCUAGCUCAACUGAUGCCUCAAGAACCGGCCCACGUAGCUUUCGCCUUAGCCAGUCAUUUGAUGAACAGAAAGCUUCAGAAACACAGUUGUCUCGCCGCUACGGCAUCCUAAAACGGCAGCCAGCUAUCGAACUACCCAUUGGUGCUGAAUUACCAAAAGAGGAACUUCCGGUUUCUCAACCCCACUACCAUCAUCACAUGUCCGCAGUGCCUGACCACAAGCAAUGUCAGCUACAGCCAUACGAGUGUGAGUCCUGUGGCACCGGAUGCAAGGACUGGGAGGGUUACAAGACACACAAACAGAGCCUCUGCUUGGCACAACGGACCCUCGAAGGCGAAAUAGCAAUAUGUCAGUCGGAUCGUCUCAAUCUGACACACCAUCUCACGAGGCCUGGCGCUUUAACCAUCCGCAAGAGAAGGAAAGAAGAGAGCUUCGAGUUGGACGAUCCCUCCUCCUCCCCCGUUGCGACGUCCUUACCCGUCUUCCCCUCGUCCGUGCCCGGCAGAGACGAGAGCAGCGCGUGCUACGAGACGCCCGGUCGGACCGCAUGGCCACAGGUGGAAAAAAGUGGGAGGAGUUCGGGGAAAGGCUUCUCUGUGAUCCAACACACCAGUUCAUUUGAGAAGCAGGAGACGCUCUGUGCGGAUAGCAAAGCCCACGACGAGGUGCAGGCCCGCUUUCCACCUGACGAGGAGCCUCAGAAACAAUCCCAGCAGACGCCAUCCAAACCAGCACCCCGGAAGCUGGUUCGCCAACACAACGUCCAGGUCCCAGAGAUACUCGUCACAGAGGACUCGAACACAGCCAGCGUGUCUGUGUCAUUACCAGUGCCGGCGUCCAUACCCAAACAGACAGAGCGGACAGACGAGUUUCAGUGGCCACAGAGGAGCCCCACCCUGGCCCAGCUCCCAAUCGAAAAGCUGCCGCCCAAGAAGAAGCGCCUCCGCCUUGCAGAGGCAGCCCAGUCAUCGGGGGAGUCCAGCUUCGACUCCACAUCCCUCCCCCGCAGCCCGAGUCAGGACAGCAGCGCCUCGUACGCAUCGAGUCGCUCUGCUUCCUUUGAAGAGUCCAACAGGCUAGACAUGGAGGCAGCAGGGACGACAACACCGUUGAGGAGAUCGAGGGCCCCUCACACGCUGCCCGUCCCUGGACUCCACCCGCACCGGGAGAUGAGACGCUCAGCCUCAGAACAGGCUCCCCACGACCCGCCGCAUAGCGUCCUCAUGGCGGAAACUCGCAGCAAAUCGUUUGACUACAGCUGCCUGUCACCAGAGCGCUCUGCGGCCGGCUGGAGGGAGAGGCGCAAGUGUCUCCUGAUGAGACACACGGUAGUCAGAGACCCAGAGGAGGAGGAGCAGCCCUCCAAAUGUGGUGCCCUGAAGUUGAACCCUUCCCACUCCAGUCCCAGCCCUGACCCGACCUCUUCCAGCGCCUUGUCCAGAGCCUCCCCAGGUCCUCUCAGUCGCUCCCCUGCUUCUUCCCUGUUAACUGAUGUCAUGUCAUGCAAUUCAACACCCCUCAGUCAAAGUGUACAGUCAACCAGAAGUUUAGAUGUCCUACCUUCUCAGAACCCAGCCCAUGAACCCCUCCCAUUGGCGAAACUCAUCCAAUCAGGACAGUGUUCUAGCAUCUCCAUUCACCCCUUCCCUCCCCAGUCUGCCCAAUUCCCAACAGGGGCAGCCAGGGCUCAUUACCUCCCCAUGUCUACAGGACUACAACUGAAAAUCCCCUCACAUGAUCAUGUAGAACCUGAGCUAAUGCCCCCCUCGCAAAUGGCAUCACGUCAACCUAAUAUCACCCCAAACUCAGACAUGCUGAGGCCCCCCGUGUCACAGGCGGUAGCAGUCCGUCUCCAUGCAGACACCCUCUCCCCAGCCCGUUGCAUAUACACCACCAUGUCCCAGGCCAUGUGCCCCAGGUCCCAGGAGCCUAUGUGCUCGGCACUGAACAUUGGUACCAGUGAAUAUAAACUCCCCGUGGCCAUGUCUUUAGACAGCCAGAUAGGGUCCAUGGAGGGCUUCAGAACGUCAGGUUCAGGGGGAAACAAGAGGAUGCUAUCCCCUUCUAGCAGUAUAGAGCUCAGCCCAGAAUCCCAACAGCAGCAGAAAAGAGUCAAGGAGCAGGAAAAGGAAAAGGAGGAGGAAAGGUUCGGUGAUGAAACAGAAACAUCCAGAGAGGAAAAGGAGAGUCAUCCUUCUCCAGCAAGCCAGAGUGGAACUUCAUUCCCAAGUCUCCAGUCUAGCACCUCAUUCAGCUGGUGCUACCUGAACUACAUAAAGCCCAACCCCUCCACCCUGGAUGAACAACAGCCUUCGGUGUAUUCCUCGUGGUCCACCAGCGAGUUCGACCCCAACCCGCCGGGCCUGUCCAGUAAGACGGCCAUGUCCCUGCUGCAGUGCAAGCAAAGCUCCAGCCCCUCCAUCUACACCAUGUCUGCCAUGUCCUCCAGCACCAUCGAGACUCCACAGCCUUCUGACACCACGAAGCCGUGCUCUUCUGAGGUCCACGACACUGUCACAGCGUGUCAUCACAGCCAGGCUCGGACCAAGGAUGAUCAACGGUCAGCAGAAGACCGGGGGAACAUUUUGAAAGAAGAGGAGGCAGGGGAGCCCCAGUCAUCCAACCAAGAUGGUGAACCGUCACGGAUCUGGGUCUGUGAAGGAGGCUACCGGUCGAAUGAGGAGUAUGUGUACGUGUGGGGAAGAGGCAGGGGGAGGUAUGUGUGUGAGGAGUGCGGCAUCCGCUGCCGGAAACCCAGCAUGCUGCACAAGCACAUCCGCCUGCACACCGACGCUCGCCCGUAUGUCUGCAAACACUGCAACUUCGCCUUUAAAACCAAAGGAAACCUCACUAAACACAUGAAGUCCAAGGCCCACGGUAAGAAGUCUCAUGAGCGGCCAAUUGCUGGUUGUUCCCUGGACGACACAGAGGCUGAUGAAGGGAUCAGUGAAGACUGUCCGGGCUGGCCAGAGACACAGGAAGACCAUCAGUACUCAGACCUGGAGGAAACUGACGAGGAAGAAGAUGAGGAUGAGGAUGAUGAUGAUAAUGAAGAUGAUGAAGAACCAUGGUACAGGCCCAACCCCCACAGCGCCUCCACACACAAGCUGACCAGCCUACCAGACCCGCCCGCAGAGCUUGAGUCCAGCCAGUCCUCUGAAUCCAAGGGGCCAGAGAGAGGCUACCCUGCUCCUACUACCAGCACGAAGAGAGCCCUACUCUCACAUCACCAUGCUGAGCCCCCUCCAGGGACAGCCUCCUCAGGGGCCCACAUCCCAUCACCAGGCACUCCAUCCCCAGGCCAACGCCAGUCCCCUGCUCGCACCCUCUCCCAAAAAAGCGACCUGUCCGCUCAACACAGCCCCUCCCUCGGGGUUCAGCUGUCCCCUGCCCUCCGACACGGGUCCCCUCCCUCGUCCCUGUCCCCCUCCAGUUGUCAUGUCUCCCCCUCCCAAGGGAGACAGCCGUCCCCCAUCAGAGCUCAGUCCCCUGGUGGCAGCCCCCCAGGCUCCCCUGCCCCCUGCCUGGCAGGCUCCUCAGUUCUCCACAGGCCCAGCCCGCCCAGAGACUCCCCUUCAGAUGCCCCUAUGGACCGAGCUGGCUGCUUCACACCCAUGACAAGGCUGCAGAGGACUCAGUCGGUCCAGGGAUCUCGUCCCCCCCACCUCCUCCCCAGGCCGGGCCUGCCACAAGGGGUCCAGGGGGUCCUUAGCCAUCUGCCCCUCCACUCCCAGCAGCUUGCUAGAACACCCAGCCUCAUGAUUCCUAUCGGGGGGAUCCACAUGGUCCAGCCCAGGACCAGCCCACUCUACAGCCUGGUGAGGAGUCCCGUGACGGCCCCAGCUCCAUAUGGCCCUGGAGGGGAGCACGGAGCCUGGACAGCUGGCCUGAGGAAGAACCUACUGGGUAGGUUACCUUUACUGGAACGUCAGGACACCCUGAGAGAGGCCGGGCCGAGUUCGCACACCAGCCACCAGAACCACAGGGUACGGGAGGUCAGAGAUAGGAAGUGCACAUCUCGGGUGUGUCUCGGCACGCGAGCAGCGGGCAGCCCUGGAGAGGAGAGCGAGCCCUGUUGUUCUGCGCAGGGUGACAGCUCACACUCACACGCCCAGGGAGUGACACACACACACGCUCUGGACGGCUCUCUUUUUCCAGAGACAUCUCAAGGCCAGAGCUCUCCUCCCUCCUGCCAGACUAAACUCUGAUGCGGGUGGAGGAAAGCUUGAGGGAAGGUGCAAAAGACUUCAUUCUACAAGCUAGGAGCUGUUGGUACUGUGUGUAUCCUGUUCUGGUUUGGAGACUGAAGACAAAGGAAAUUAAAACAGUACUCCUGUGCUGCUUCUGACAAUGUGCUGUUAUGUAAUUACAUGAAUAAUAUAUAGAUACAUGUAUGUUAAAUAUGCAGUAUAUGUUUUGUAAUCUUUUUUUAUCCUUCUUUCUUUUUGAUGUUAUUGUUAAUUUAUUGAUGUGCUCUUAUGCAAUUCUGUACUAUGCCAGAGAGCAGCUGGAAUGAAAUUUAGAUGAUAAUGAUUUUAUUCUGUCCAUCUUUACCUUGUUAACCUUUUGGACAGCUAAAUAUACUCACGUGUCGAUGUACUGUAUGACCAAAAUGAUUAUAGAAAGGUACUAGAAAUAUUUAUUCAACCCGACCAGUAUUUUGAAGUGCAAUUUCUGUCAAGAUUGUGGCUUGAACUGUCAUACUUACAGGCUGUGACUUUAAUAUGUUUACCAUGUGUCCUCUAUUUGUGUUUGAGUAGUCAAGCAGGGUUAUAAAAUCAUCAUCCUUUUCUACUAUCUUCAGAAGGUUACGUCUCGAAAUAACACAUUUUGACCUGUAGUGCACUGACAGAUGAUUUGAUAAUCUCAAGAAACAUGUAUGAUCAUUCACAUGGUACAGUUGAUAUUGUCAUAUGUAACAGAUACAUGUAUUUUGUGUUGUUUUUAUACAAUCACUUCUGUCAUUUCCAUGUCUGUUGCCAUUAAAGCUCUCGUUUUUACAUAUUUAUA